AUCUCAAUGUCAAAAUGAAAGUAGGCCAUCGGUAAAAAAAGAUAAACAAAGCUAAGAUUUUAAAGAUUUUGAUAACGAAGUAUAGCGGUGUUGUAAUGGUUUACUCUUUUAUUACACUGUCUUAUUCAAUGCACAAGUGAUUAAAGAAAUGGAGGAUAAAUUUGAAACAGAGGAAACUUACAGCAAUCCACAAGAUUUCAAAGCACAGAGUGAUAAUGCAACACGAACCCAAGAGAGUUUAGAACCCGCGUUAUUUGUAACACCCACAAGCGAGUUCAGUAAAGAUGACAAAAAUACACCCAGUGGUCAACACAUUGAGAAUGAUGUACGUACGGGGAUGGAAGAUUUUACCUCAAGUGUUAUAGCUAAUUCUUCUUGUGAUGAACCCCUGCUUACUUCCGAGAACAUCAGUAUGGAUGUGGAAACUGGUACAAAUAUCACUGGACUGACUGAAAGUGAAUCUCAAAAUAUAAGCUCAGAGAGUGUAGUAAUUCAAUGUUCAAAUAAACAAAUUUCCACUUCAGUUCCAACAGAAAACACAGCUUUAAGUGACUUCCAGGGUCCCCUGAUCCAGAAACAAACACUAUUGAUACGGAUAGAAUUUGACAGGGACCAGUACCUCAGGGGAUGUAAAUGGUCUGUUGAUGGCAACAUGAUUUUGACAACCACCAGUGAUAACAAGUUUUAUGCAUACAACUUUGCACAAGAACAAAUUUGUUCACAGCAAGAUUUUUCUGAAUGGAAGCCUACAACAAUUAUUAAUGAAACAGGGACUGUGUACGACUAUUGCUGGUUCAAUCAGGCCUCAAAUCCAAGCUUUUUCCUGACCACCAGUAAGGACAAUCCAAUCCACAACUGGGACGCUAACACAGGAGAGCUGAUAUCCUCCUACAGGGCCUACAAUCAAAUGGAUGAGCUGUCAGCAGCCUAUAGCCUGUGUUACAGCUUAGAUGGAAGAAAGAUAUACUGUGGCUUCAACAAGAUGAUCCGCGUGUUUGACACUGACCGACCAGGGAGGGAGUGUCAGAGCAGACCAACGUAUGUUGGUAAAGUGGGAGGACAGUGUGGGAUAAUCUCCUGUCUGGCUCCGAGUCCCCAGGGAGGGAUGUACGCAGCGGGAUCGUAUUCCAGAAGCAUUGGACUGUACUAUGAGCCACAGGGAGAGGCAGUGUGUGUAUUUGAAGGACAACAAGGGGGAGUAACUCAUGUAGCAUUUUCUAGGGAUGGUACAAAGUUAUUCAGUGGAGGAAGAAAGGAUCCAGAGAUUUUGUGCUGGGAUUUACGAAAUCCUGGACAAAUUCUAUUUGUAGCAGUAAGGAAAGUGGAAACAAACCAGAGGAUUUAUUUUGAUCAGGACAGCACAGGAAGAUACCUGAUCUCGGGUAACCAUGAUGGAACGGUGACACUUUGGGACACACUACAGACUCCUGUCCAAGCAAGGCCGGACACAGACUUUGUACUAGAGUCUUGUCAACAGUUCAAAGUCCAUAAUGACACAGUAAAUGGAAUCUGCUUUCAUCCUACACUGCCAGUCUUCGCUACCUCGUCUGGACAAAGACACAGUCCUGUUCUUGACAAUGAAGAUUUUUUAGAUGAAAGUCUUCAGGAAAACACUCUUAAAUUGUGGUUGUAUAAAUAAAAUGUUUUUUUU